CAAUUGGGAGAAGAGUCUUCAACAUUCCAUCUCUAUAUCCCACUAAUCAAGCAUCAAAAUCAGCUUCAGCUGUUGAAAUGCAGAUGAGUCUCACUCACUCCUUCCCUCUCUCAAUCCAAAAAUAGCCUCCUUUCUAACGGGUUCUUCGAUCUUCCUGGCGGCCAUAGCUUUCGCUUCUAUACUUUUCCUUUUUUCACUUUUAUUUACUCUCUCUCUCUCUCUCUCUCUACCUCUUCUUCAGUCCUUCAAUCUAGAACACCAUCCACAUCCCAUUCUUCAAAAUGGUAAAUUUCAUCAAGUUCUUAAAUUUAUAGAAUUUCUUUUGUUUUGAACUUCUUUAUAUAAACAAUACACCAAAAAAAAAAAAGUUUCAUUUCUGUAUUAUUUUGUGCAUUAACAUUAAUUAAUUAAUUUGAUCUGAUCUUAUUCGUAUUUCCUGAAUAAAUUUGUUUAGUUUAUAUCAUAUGUAUAUGGAUAAUAGAACAAUGGUGUCACCUAAUAGAGCUCAAGAACACCAAUAUAAUCUCACCAUUGAUCAGUUGGGCAAGCCUUUAAAUACUAUGAAAUUGGAUGAGUUAUUGAAAAAUGUGAUUUCUGCUGAAGAUAGUCAGUUUCUACAAAAUAUUAAUCCUUCGUCAUCAUCCUCAUCCUCAUCAUCCUCUUCUGCUUCCUCGUUUCUUGGGAAUUUCGAUUUGAAUGGAAAGAAGAAAGUUACAAUAGAUGAGGUUUGGAAGGACAUAAUUUUAAAUCAAGAAAAUGUGAAUGCCAUUGAAAACCAAUCAAGAAUUCAUCAAGAAACUACUCUUGAAGAUUUCUUGGUUCGAUCCGGUGUUACAAACAUAGGGAAUAAUCAAAAUGGUUUGUUUAAUAUUCCUCAUCAUCAUCAACCUAUUGUGGGAAUGCAUGAUCCAAUGGCAGAUUGGCUACAACUGCAAAUGGCAGCCGUGCAAAGACAGCAAAUGAGUGUUUUGGAUUCUUCGACUAAUUUUCAUGCAUCUGAAUCAUCAUCAUCAGUUUAUCAUGACAAGUCAUCGAUUAUCGGGCAUGAUCACGGUGGAUAUGGAGAGAACCAGAUGGGUAUGACUAUACCAGUAUCAGCAAUUUCUACAACUGCUUCUUCAGAGUCUCAGGCAGUUGUUAUUGCUGACAAGAAACGUCAGUAUUCUGAUGAAAUCAUGGAGAAGACUAUUGAAAGAAGGCAGAAGAGGAUGAUCAAGAAUCGCGAAUCUGCUGCAAGAUCAAGAGCCAGGAAACAGGCUUAUACCAACAAGUUAGAACAUGAAGUGUUUCACCUGAGGGAAACAAAUACCUGGCUCAAGAAGUUUAAGGAAGUGGAAAUGCUUCUAUCCUCUGAUCUAACUCCUACGCCCAGAUACCAACUUCGGCGAACCAGCUCAGCUUCUAUUUAGCAUUUAUUAAUAUUUGACACUGAGAAUUUUGAUUUAAUUGAAAUUUUCUUUAUCAUUUCAUGAAUAGACUUACAGUUUCAGCCAA